UUGAAGCUAUUGACGCUAGCAACGUUUCAGAAGUUUCUGAAUGAGUGAUUUAGAAUCCUUCGAUGAAGAUAGCUUAAUUGAGAAUAAAAGUGAUCCUGAGAAUAGAUAUAAAGAGGAAAAAAGGAACGAAAAUGUCAAUUACCGAAUGAAUAAUGAAAUCAUCAACAAUAAUCAUGAUCUCAAUGAUGAUAAUUUAAUUUACUACAAUCAUGUUGAAAACAAAACAGUUGAUGCACCGAUAAAAGGAUGUAAAUCAUCUGAUUUAAAUCCAUCAGUUUCUCAUCAUUCUGAAAAAUUUGAAGAACCUUUAACAUAUGAGUCAGUUCCACCAUUAAAUUUGCUGUCUGAAGAAAGCAGUAUUAUUGAAGCCACUGAAUCAUGUAAAAAAGCAUUUAAUAUUGACUUAAGAGCUGAAAGUAUGACAUCCAAUUCAUCCGAAAGUUCUCCUGAACAGUCACAAGAUGAAAUUAUUCCAACUCAUUGGAAUCAGUGUAGUCAAAAGUUAAAGAAAUUACAGUUGGAUAAAGUAAAUCCCAAUAGAUCUACCAAGGGGACUGUGUGUGGAUCAAAAAAUAACUAUCAGUAUGGGGAACCAAUCAUUCUUGGUGAAGAUAUUAUUGGCCAUGAACUAGUUCUUAAAAAUAAGCCAAACACCAAACUGGAUUUCAUUACUUCAAACAAAAUGAAUAUUCAUCAAGGAGGUGUUAAAAGUUGUUCCGUAACGUACGGUCAACUUCAUAAGGUGAAAUCACAAUAUUAUUCUGGAUCAACAAAAUGUUUAACAAAUAGUCAAUUUCUACUUAGUCCAAACAUGAAAAUUACUAAACGUCAUAGAGAAUGUUUUCAAUCAGAUCCUAUUUUAUGCUCUAAUAGACAAUUAAUAAAUAAUAAAGAAAAUUAUGUAAAUGAAUCACAAUGUAAUUUUAAUAAUAUGUCACAAUUAGCAACAUCACCAAUAUUAUCAUCACCUACAUGUUAUACACAAAUAACACCGAAAAUAAAUCAACCAUUAUUUCCAGCUUGCUCUGCAUAUUCAAAUAAUUUAUACACAUUACGCAAUUCAAAACACAGUCCUGUCAGAGAAAAUAACACAGUAAAUCAACCUUUUGAAUCUUACUGGGAAAUCCGUCCAACGUACAGUUCAUUUGAACAAUUAAAUGGUCACAGUUUAAAUGGCAAUACUCAAAUAGAAAGUAGUAGAAAAGAGAUCAGUUACAAUUCCUAUCCAACUUCAGCAUCUGGUGUAUUUCGAAUGGGUAUAUUGCAACAGGCUGAACUGGCUAAAGCUCAUAAGCAAUUUUGUCACAAGUAUUAUUCAUCAGCUCCUAUGGAACUGGAAACCAAAACACGUUUGCACACCUUAUGUUCACCAAAAAUAAAUACUCACAAAACCACACAGCCAUGUUUCAAUAACAGUAACGGUAAAUCACUUAGUUCAGGAAACUCUAGUCAGCGGAAGCCUUUAAUACUAUCACAGCAACGAUAUACAUAUAAAGACUAUAGUUUAUUGCCAUCGAUCAACUCAAAAUCGCGAGGAUUAGGUCCUGAUAUAGAUAAUGAAGAGUAUCGUCAGAAGGUAAGUGAUUGGCAAUUUACUUAUAGAAUUUACCAAACUAAUCAUUAGUUGAAAAGCUGGUGAAAAACGUUUUUGUUACUGUGUUGAAAAUAAAUAGUGGCAAUCGGAGAAGUAUGACGAAGGGAAUGAAUUUUCUGUUAUUUAUCAUUACAUCAGUAUCUCUAAUUUAUUUAGUACUCGUUCAAGGUACAAAAGAUCAAAGCAUAUUAAUUGUUUGUCUCCAUUAUAAGUUACACUCCUAGUUUUUUCUAAUAAUUCACUUUGAAAAAAGUGACUGUCUUAUACGGAAAAAUUUGAAGUUUAGCAAUUUUUAGGGUUUUCAAUCAGUAUUACUCACCCCUAGUACUACUUUCUGUGGAUGGUUUGAUACACGUUAUUAGGCAAAUAGUUUAAAGGCAUGACAUUUUAACCACAUCAAGUUAUCUAUAGAAAGUACUCAAUAUUCAUUAGCUUUAAUACGAACUUUUUAAAUCCUUAAGUUUCCAAGUCAUAUUUCCUGGAAGAAUUUUUUGGAGAUUGUCUUUAUGUGUAGGUGAUAUUCGUUGCAAAUCGAACUCGGGAUACUACUGAAAAUCAACGUAUGAUUCAUGGCCUUUUAUAUUUGUGUACAUUUAUCUUGCAAGUAAUUGUUUUGUACUAUGUGUUUGAAUAUAAUAUUCAAUAAUCUUAGACUUGUAAUUAUUUAGUUAUCUGUGUUGUGUUGGUAAUGAACUUGAUGGUAACAGAUAGAUUUACCGUAUUUCAAAAAUAGACAUGUGUGUGCAUGUUUCGAAUGAUGUGUUUCCUUCUCAACUGUCGUUUUAUCCUAACUCCGUUUAUUUUGUACUCAUAUGAGAAUAUUAUGUUGACAUUUGUUCCAAACUUCAGCAACAUAAACAAUUUUGUUGAUGUCUACCACAUGACAAUUUCAUAUUAAAAUACCACACUAAUGCCUUGUUGAUUAUGGACUGCACAAUAGACAAUGACAUUUUUAUCUGGUAUUUAGAGGUAGCCGAAUUCUAUCGAUUGAAUUCCAAUAUUGCCGAUAAUCUGAGUGAAUCAUUGUUGAGUUUACAAUUUUUUAUAUUAGUUGGUUGAAAAUAGUCAGCAGUAAACCCUUGUGUCCAGUUUUAUAAUUAUUACACUUUAGUUGCAAAGGUAAACACUCUUUUAAACUGAC